CACAGAACUUUCCCAGAAAGAUGGAAAUAGUUUGUCAGCAUGUACGAUGUUUCGUAAGUUUUAUCACGGAUGAUUCCCUCAAACAUUGCGUUGGGUAGCAGAGGGAGUAAUAAAAACAACAAUACAAGGAUCGUGAAAUUAUGCGGAUAAUGUUUAACGUUCAAAAAUAUUUAUUACGCUUCACGAAUUUAAUAUACGUAUUGUGAUUUUUGUGAAACCAUUAACCAGCUCAUUUGUGACGUGUGCCAAAAUGGCAAUGGGUGACGACCGUAAGACAUGGGAGUUGGAGUUAGAAACAGCACUCCUAGAUGCGGAACCGCCUUCAGCUUCUGACAUAUAUGCCAUUUGCAAGGGUCAGUCAGUUCCUGCAGCAUACAGAGCAGAUGUGUGGCAGGCUUGUCUAGAUGUCACUGAUCGGGGGGAUCAACUAAUUCACUUUAACGAAGUAUUUGAUCUUCCUGAGCAAAACAUACUUCGAGAAGAUUGUCAACAACUAGUCGCUAAACUCGGUAACGAUGAUGAAGACAAGGUAUCCGUUGUUUCUGACCUAGAAUCAAUUUUAACAUUUUACUGCAAGAGUAGAGGGAAACAUUAUGAAAGAGGCAAUGGAUGGCUUGAGCUUUUGGGCCCUUUAAUUGCUUUGAAAUUGCCCCGUGCUGCUACAUAUAAUUUAUUUGAGGCCAUAAGGGACGUUUAUAUUCCAAGAGGCACUACGCACAGUUCUGUAUUACGACUAUUGUUGUUAUAUCAUGAGCCAGAGUUAUGUUCUUUUUUGGACACGAAACGAGUAUCUCCGGAUCAGUAUGCCAAGGGAUGGGUAAACACCUUAUUUGCAGGCGUCUGUUCAUUACCAGCAAUUCAUACUAUGUGGGAUCUUUACUUCAUGCAAACUGAUCCCUUCUUCAUGAUGUUCCUCUCGCUCAUUAUGGUGAUCAACGGCAGGGAACAAAUUUUGGCCAUGAAGGAUGACGAUAAGGAAACCAUAAUAGAAGCUCUGUCUGCGUUUCCUUGCGCCUUGGAAGCGGAUGACGUGACUGAUUUCUGUUCACUAGCAGAGUACUAUGCUAUGAAGACACCAUCUUCCUUUAAACAAGACCUAUAUACUGUAAUGUUUGGCGAGGGAGGUGAUGAAAAAUUUAUUUCACACGCCUUGUGCCUGCCAGUAUCAGCUCAAGAAUUAGUCGAGAAUGCUGUCGAAGUUCCGCCUUCCCGUAAUGGUCCCAUCGAGUCUGUUCGAUUUUUCUUAGUUGAUUGUAGACCCGCAGAGCAAUACAACGCUGGCCAUUUACCAACUGCCUUCCAUUUGGACUGUAACUUGAUGCUGCAAGAACCUGCUUCAUUUGCAACUGCAGUUCAAGCCUUAUUGCAAGCUCAACGUCAGGCCUUAGCUGUUGGGUCGCAAGCUGGUGGCGAACAUCUCUGCUUCCUUGGCAGUGGUCGCCAGGAAGAAGAUCGCUAUACUCACAUGGUUGUGGCUUCAUUUUUACAGAAACAUACCCAGUACGUCAGUAUGGUCAGCUCAGGAUAUCAAGCUAUUCAUGAAUAUUUUGGUGACGAGGUUGUGUCUAAUCUUGUGGAUCACAAUUCUCAACACUGUCUAGUGUGUAACGCUAACAUGUCGGAGGAAAACUCAAAUGAUGCUAGUCCGGCUAAAGUCAGAAAUAAUAAUUCUGAUCUCUUUGGAAAAAUUGGUUUGGCAAUGAAGUUAAAAAGUCAAGAGGUCAAAGGAAAGUUGUUUGAUUAUAUCGUGAACCCUUCGGCAAGUGCCAACGGCAAUACAGUUGGAAGAGCAAAUAAAGAAACAGAUUACAAUAAAGCACAGCAGAGUACAGGACCUGUGUUUAGUAUAGAUGAGGAUCAAGAUCCAGACAUGACUAUGACCAAUGAUGAGAGUGAAGAACCUGUUGAAGUUGUAUCCAUUCAACAAUGGUUAAAAGAUCCAAAAUUAUUACAUUCCUUUAAAUGUCAAGAGGUCAAAGUCAACGGCUACGUUCACGACAGUCAACUCUUGGUAACGGAUACCCAACUAAUUGUGUUACGUGAGAUUCCAUCAAGGAAAGGAGCAGCUCACGUAAUCGUAAUGCGGCCAUUAUCUAGUAUUGUUAAAAUUACUUCAAGAAAACGUCAUCCUAACCUAAUUACCUUUAAAUACGGUACAACGCAAAACGAUACGCUUCACGUAACUGAUAUGGACAGGUUUCUUAUUCCCAAUGCAAGCGAGGCGACUAAACUCAUCUCCCAGCAAAUAUUGAUACAAUUGAAUGCCUCUCAUUAAUAGUUUGAAAAUUAUAUUAGCAGAGUAUCGUAUGAUGCAAGAACACGGUGGGUGGAUUCUGUUGUUUUUGGUAUGACUAUGGUAUAAUCACUUACCGUACAUGCACAAGAGCUUCAAAGAAAGAUAAUACUUUCUAUUUAUUUAUUUCUAUGUAACAAAAUCUUUUUCGUUACCUUAGAGCAAAACUAAAUCUAAAGUGAUUCGGUGUUAUACGUCCAUUACUAAAUAUGAGGCAAUGCAUUAACAAGUUCAAUAAAACCACUGAACAGAUGUAAAAAAUAAUUUUUAAACUUCGCUCUUACAUUUCAAUUGAUUGAAAUGUAAGUAAUAAUGUCGAUACUUAGUAGCGGUAAUAUAUUGGAUCCUGAUACAAAAUUAGCUAAUCAUAUGAAAAUCGUGUAUACGGAAUGUUUAAUUAAUUAUAAUAAUUAAUUGAACUAUAGAUAAUUCGCUUUCAAGAUUUCACGGACAAAACUUUCCCACCGUAUACAAUUAUUUGUUAUGUAAUAACAAAUAGAAAUUCAAAGAGAAGCUACAACGUGGUGCCAUUAAUAACUUCUGUAUUAUCAGUAGACGCAAUCGACAGUCAUGAUUGAACAGAACAAAAUUAAUUUUUGCAUUGAAUUUUAAAGGACCACUAGCAGUAUUCACUUAAUCAUUUAAUAGAAGACUACAUUUUUGUUUAAAUUUAGUUUGAAAAUGAUAAUGAACAAGUAACUAAUUGUUGCUGUAUCAACCGGUGUAUCUACUGCACUGCCUGUACUAGCCAUUUGUAAAGUUUCUAAAAUUAUAUUGUUCCAUCAAACACGUGCUGUGUUGUAAUCAUUAUUGAUACUUGUCAAUAUAUAAAAUAGUUUAUCACUAACGCCACUCUGCAUCGUGUGUGUUAAAUUUUUGUGUAAUUUAAAAUUUUAUAUAAAAACUCUGUCGUUAAUGAAUAUAAUAGUACUAGAAUAAUAAGGAUUUUACAAGAUUUUGGAGUACCAUAUAUUUCAACAAUUUUCUGGCACUAAUAUUUGCCGAAUUACACCCAAUAGAAAAACUUUAUACUUAGCAAAUGAUAGAGAUUAGAAAAGGAACUUUUUUAGUGAUGUAAUAUUAGAUAAACACUUUGAGUAGCUUGAAAAUUCUUUAAAUAUUGUUAUGCUACUAUGUGAUAAAAUGCAAAGCACCAAAUUCUUUGAAGACCUUAGAAUUUCAUGUUCAUUCAUAUUUCCGAUAAUUGAAUACGAAUAGCUCUGUUAUUGCAGCUUUCACUAAUUACAUUUUAGGCAUUGCCAUGUGAUAGCAGUAUUGAAACAGUGAGCCUUGUCUUCUAGCUCCAAUAAAAACCAAAUACACCAAUUUCAGGGUGAAAAAGAGAAAAGCGACAUUCGUUAGAUAUUCGCACGAAACUUUCUUUACUGUGAAAGAGAUUUUAUAAGUCUUGUAACAUAUUAAUAUAUAAUAUUAUAUAUAUAUAAACAUCCUGAAAACAUAAUAUAAUAACAAAUCACGUACGAAAUAACAAAAGAGAUAUACGUCACCUGUAAUAAAUUAACUUACAAUUAGUGUAUGUUUUGGAUUUAUGUACAUAAUGGGAAUAGAUGUAAUAUAAUAGAUGAUCCGAAAUAAUCUAUUGUUAAAUUAAUUAUGAUUAAUCCUAUUGAUUUUGAAGUAUAAUUCACUUAAUGAUGCUAACGUCUGCAUUGUAAUAAAUUGUGCCACUUUGUUA